AUGCCGCUGCGGCUGCUGCAGACACACAGAUGCACCUCGCGUCUGCCGUGCCUGGUCCUUCUGCCCCACUGGAAGUUCUCAAAGCCUGGUGAGGAGAGUGGUGAUUACCCCGAUAUGGCUAAGGAGGCGGGCCAGAAGGCUCUAGCUGAUGCUGGGAUUCCUUAUUCAGCAGUGGAGCAGGCAUGUGUGGGUUAUGUUUAUGGUGACUCAACCUGUGGACAGCGGGCUAUCUAUCACAGUUUGGGUUUAACUGGCAUUCCUAUCAUUAAUGUUAACAACAACUGUGCUACUGGAUCAACUGCUUUGUUCAUGGCCAGACAACUAGUAGAAGGAGGUUUGGCAGAUUGUGUUUUGGCACUUGGCUUUGAGAGGAUGGCAAAAGGAUCCCUUGGUGUAGGUUUUUCAGACAGAACUAAUCCAGUGGAUAAACAUUUGGAAAUUAUGGUAAAUAAAUAUGGCUUAGCAAGUGCUCCAGUAGCACCUCAGAUGUUUGGAAGUGCUGGCAAAGAAUAUAUGGAGAAAUAUGGGACAAAUCCAGAGUACUUUGCAAAAAUUGCAUGGAAGAAUCAUAGCCAUUCAACUAACAACCCGUAUUCCCAGUUCCAAAAGGAAUACACACUAGAUGAAGUUCUGCAUUCUCGCAAAAUUUUUGAUUUCUUGACUGUGUUACAGUGUUGCCCAACAUCGAAUGGUGCCGCAGCUGCAAUUUUGGCUAGUGAGGAGUUUGUGAAAAGGCAUAAAUUGCAGCCAAAAGCUGUGGAAAUUCUAGCCCAGGUGAUGGCUACUGAUUAUCCAAGCACAUUUGAAGGAAACAGUUGUAUGAAGAUGGUUGGCUACGAUAUGACUAAAAAAGCUGCAGAAAAAUGUUUUGAAAAAGCAGGCCUAAAACCUAAAGAUGUUGAUGUGAUCGAACUUCAUGACUGUUUCUCAGUUAAUGAGUUAAUUACCUACGAAGCUCUGGGACUCUGUCCAGAAGGACGAGCAUCUGACCUGAUUGACAGAGGAGACAACACUUAUGGAGGAAAAUGGGUUAUUAAUCCCAGCGGUGGCUUGAUUUCGAAGGGACAUCCUCUUGGUGCUACAGCAAUAUCAAACCUGACCACAGUUUUGAAUUCUGCUGCCAAGAGAUGCACUGGCCGUAUUGUGGCUAUGCCUCUCAGCGCAGCUGUUGAUGGAUUUAAGUCACAUUUGGUCUUCAAAGAGAUUGAAAAGAAGCUCCAAGAGGAAGGAGAGCAAUUUGUCAAGAAAAUUGGUGGAGUCUUUGCCUUCAAAAUAAAAGAUGGUCCUGAUGGGAAAGAAGCAACUUGGGUAGUAGAUGUGAAAAACGGUAAAGGCUCUGUGGCAGUUAAUUCAGAUAAGAAGGCGGAUUGUACAAUUACAAUGGCUGACGCUGAUCUGUUAGCUCUCAUGACUGGGAAAAUGAAUCCUCAGACAGCAUUCUUUCAAGGCAAAUUGAAGGUUGCUGGGAACAUGGGCAUGGCAAUGAAACUUCAAAAUCUACAACUUCAGCCAGGCAAAGCAAAACUUUGAGCUCAUUAGAGUAAACAGUCAGUACUUGAUAUUCUUGACAAAAAAAGUAGAAUGAAACUAGACAUUAUCAAUAAUGUGGCACAGGCCAGGUUUGAUUGGACCUCUCUCACCUAAGUUCUGUGGUUAGAGACCUUUAUUCUCUUAAUAAAUUCCAUCAGUUUAUCUAUGGCAAAGAUUUUUAGGCGAAGUUUGAGACACUAACUCUUGCAAAUGGUGUAUGAUGGACAUUUGUGUCAAUUUUUGUUUUAAUCAAUAUGAAAAAUUU